UAUCAGAUCAUAGCUAUAGAAUGGCCUCCAGCCCAGUUGGAGUUCCUAGCCCCCAGCCCUCUAGGGCCAAUGGGAAUAUCAACCUGGGGCCAUCAGCCAACCCAAAUGCCCGACCCACAGACUUUGAUUUCCUCAAAGUCAUUGGCAAAGGGAACUAUGGGAGGGUCCUACUGGCCAAGCGCAAGUCAGACGGAGCCUUCUAUGCUGUGAAGGUGCUGCAGAAGAAGUCCAUCUUAAAGAACAAAGAGCAGAGCCACAUCAUGGCAGAACGCAACGUGCUACUGAAGAACGUGCGGCACCCCUUCCUUGUGGGCCUGCGCUACUCCUUCCAGACCCCAGAGAAGCUCUACUUUGUGCUCGACUAUGUCAACGGGGGAGAGCUCUUCUUCCAUCUCCAGCGGGAACGCAGGUUCCUGGAGCCCCGGGCCCGGUUCUACACGGCAGAGGUGGCAAGCGCCAUUGGUUACCUUCACUCUCUCAAUAUCAUCUACAGAGACCUGAAGCCAGAAAACAUUCUCUUGGACUGCCAGGGUCACGUGGUACUGACAGAUUUCGGCCUUUGCAAGGAAUGUGUAGAGCCCGAGGAGACUACAUCCACCUUCUGCGGCACCCCUGAGUACUUGGCUCCAGAAGUCCUUCGUAAAGAGCCUUACGAUCGAGCAGUCGACUGGUGGUGCUUAGGGGCCGUCCUCUACGAGAUGCUGCACGGCCUGCCCCCCUUCUUCAACACAGACGUGGCCCAGAUGUAUGAGAACAUUUUGCAUCAGCCGCUACAGAUCCCUGGAGGCCGAACAGUGGCUGCCUGUGACCUCCUGCAGGGUCUUCUCCACAAGGACCAGAGGCAGCGGCUGGGCUCCAAGGAAGACUUUCUCGACAUAAAGAACCACAUGUUCUUCAGUCCUAUAAAUUGGGAUGAUCUGUACCACAAGAGACUGACUCCACCCUUCAACCCAAACGUGGAGGGACCCGCUGACUUGAAACACUUUGACCCAGAGUUCACCCAGGAGGCUGUGUCCAAGUCCAUUGGCUGCACCCCUGACACCAUGUCCAGCAGUUCUGGGGCCUCAAGUGCAUUCCUCGGAUUCUCCUAUGCACAGGAUGAUGAUGACAUCUUGGACUCUUGAGAGCCAAAUGCUUGGAAAGCCACCAAGCCCAGUUGGGACCUGCAGGAACUACCUUCUGCUGCACUAAGACACGACGAGUCCUGAAGAAGUCAGACGCGGUAGCUCAGGGAAGAGGGGAGCGUUUUCCAUCCCAUAAAAGAACAGUGCAGGGCUCAGGCUGGCUGGCUAGGCUCCCGAGUACCCAGCCGUCUGCGGUUGUGACUUGCCCUUCUUGAGAAAUGACUUCUGUGCUUGGUUUUUCAUUUUUGGUUUUGUUUGUUGUUGCUGAGGCUGUAAGAAAAGUAAUGUAAAGAACAUCUAUUUCGGCUCACAGUUUCAGAAGGUUCAGCCCACAGUUGGCUGACCCAUUGCUGUGCUCUUUAGCCGAAGUUGAGUCAUCUUGCUGGAAGGAGUGGCUUACCCUAUGCCUAGCAGGAAGCAGAAACUGAGUCUGGGCUGGGAAUAAGAUACCUUCUGAUAAGAUAUUUCUGAGUGACCCACUCCCUUCCAGCGGGGCCCAUGUCCUAGUUAUCACCUCUCCGUGCUAUAAAAUUACAAAUCUGUGAAUGGACUAACUUGCUGAGGAAGCCUGAGCCCCUCCCUCAUUGCAUAGUGAUCCAAUCAGUUACGAAAGGCCUUAUCAGCUGAACACGGCAACCAUCAGAAAACAC